CUGAGACGUUCUGCUGACGUGGAGCAAAGUACCUCAAGCCUCUGCAGCUUAUCUUGUUAUGAGUGCUGCUUCCAUGGACAGCAAUAUGGUUUGUCCGUAGCAACGUCAGAAAUAAAGAACUUGUUAAGGUUGAAUCCUCAUGCUGGAGGCUUCGAGCACCAAUGGGUUUGAGAUACUGAGUGAACUCACUGACUAGAAACAGGCAACAACACAACAAUGGAUGUACCAUUGCAGAGGCUAAACAUUCGUUACAGGGACGAAGAUGGCACAGUGCUUUAUGAGUCCUAUGUUCCUCCUUCUCGGGAUGCAGUCCAUCUCCCCACCUAUGUCAUCUAUCUUCUCAUAGCCGUCUUCAUUGUGGUGUCUGUUCUUUAUGCCAUCAUUGGCCACCUCAUCAAAGACCUCAUCCAUGACUUUGCAGACUGCCUGUUUGGGAAGCAGCCUGACGAAGUGGUGGUGAACUAUUGUGAGGCCAAAGAUAAGUUUAUGGCGGACUGGUCCCCAGAAACCUCACCUGAACUGGAGGCAAUGGCUCGGGCAGAGGAGAACAAGAUGGUGGACAGGGACUUCAUGAAAGCACCUGCAAUUUGGAUCAUCUCCACAGAACCUCGGAGCACCAAGAAAGGACCUCGUGUUGUUUUUGGGAAGAGAUCUUAGUCAUGUUAAUGAUAUGAUGACAAAUGUGAGUUGGGACAUUAAUUAUUUAUGAGACAUUAGCUAUUUAUGUGUAAAUCUAAAACUAUAUAUCUUCCUGCUGAAAACAUUCAGGUUUGAUGUAGUUUAAGAGGUGGAAUAAUGAACCAAUAAGCCCAUCAACGGGCUUAUUGGUAAGUGUUGUUCUUCGGUGCAGCGCUGCCAUCUACUGGUUAAUUAGUAUAAGUUCAAAAAAAUCUAGAAAACUGGAAAUAUCUCGUUAGUUAUCAGACUCUCACAAAAACGUGUAAACAUUGAUGAUAUCAGUUAACAACCAAGAAUUAACAACCAGUAACAUUAAACAUUUUAAUUCAAUGUUUAAUGUUACUGUUUCGUACUGGUGGAAAUUGAACUGAUCAAUUCGGGUGGAUGUCCUGCAUCACUGUUUCCAUUUAAGUGACGUUCAUUUAAUGAAGUGGGACAAUAUUGUUAUUGAAUGUACUUCAGCAGCAAUGAAUGCUGCUGUAGAUAAAAAAUUAUUAGUUAUUAAAAGCGAUAAAGCCUGUUUUUUUUUUUUUUGUAAGGUUGAAGAAGGCAACAUAUUAUUUGACCUUAAAAUAAAAUUGUAAUUUUUUGAGAAGUGCAACGUCUCAUGCUCUCGUGUUGAUGACUUUAGUCUGAGUAAUGCAUUAACAGAAAUAAUCGUUGGCCAGAAACUGUCCAAGAGAGGGCGCUGUGGUACGGAAGAUUUAACAAAAAAGAAAACGAGCUCUCUGAGAUUAGGUUUUUUUUUUUUUUUUUUUUGUUUUUUGGAUGGUGCUGCCAAAAAAGUGAAUCUUAUUGUCUGUGAAUAACCAGCUCACAUAAUGUCUUUUUUUAAUAUGAAGAAAAAACAAUUGGUUUAAAAUAUGGAGAUAUUGACUUAAUCUCAUUGACUCUAACUUCUUAAUCCCCUCUCUGUUGCCACAAAGACUUUUGUCAAGAAAAUGUUUAAAAAUUACAUGAUGCCACCUUAAUAAAACUCUAGAAAUAUUUUGUCUAUUCAGGCAUAUUGAUAUUAGAACAUGUGAUGUGAACAGCAUGCUGCAACAUGUUUGCGAGGAUUUAAAGGACAUUUAAACCCUUUAUUUGGGAAUAAAGCCACUAUUUCUUGCA